AACGUGGCUCUGCCGAAGGGUGGGGACACGGAGCAGCCCACCAUGACCCCCGGCCCUCCGGCGUCAGGAAGUGUCAGGAGUCAAAUGUCUUCUAGGCGCAAUCACAGAAGGCUUUCUGGAGGAGGUGGCACUUGAGCCAGGUCCUGUCAGGGCACAGGCGGCCAGGGCGGGAGAAUGAAGGCAGCCGCAAGAGGCCGGCGCGUCCAGCCCAGGGGUGCUGCUUCCAGAUGACACCCCGGUGCCCCCGCCAAGAACAGGCCUGGGGACAGCACGGACCUGUUUGGGGACGGCGCGGCAGAGGACAGCGGUGCCGCCAACGGGCGCCUGUGGCGCAGGUCAUCAUCCGGGAGCAGGAGCCCCGCAUCGACCUGCACGUGAUCCGGCCGCACAGGAAGGUGGUCACUCAGGAGGGCCAUCACCAGCACUACCAUCACCACCAUCAUCAACGCCAACACUACUGUGAACACCAACACUGCCACCCUGAUCCCCAUCACACGUCCAUCACCACCACCACCAUCAUCGCCAUCGCACGCCUGUCACCCCUGUCACCGCCCCCCUCGCCGCAGCCGCAGGCCCGGAGCACCCCCGCAUCCACACCCGCAGCCACCCCGGCCAGGCUCAAUCCCCGGCUCCAGGUCACAGUUUCACGGGGAGGAUGA